GAUGAGAAGACAAAGCAGCUUUGACUCACUUUGUAGAGAAACAAAUAUGAGCCUCUGUUCUAGAGGUUAGCGUUAACAAGGCUCCAGGCUGAGGAGCACGGCAGAGCUUGUGUAGCCGUGUAGAAAUGGGUCUUGCGAAGGCUGGUUUAUCUCUAGUACAUACCUGUUAUGUCUUUGGCUGGUAACUCUUGAUUCUUGAAUGCACGAAGAACUCUCCUAAGAUUAAGAGCAUGGUCAUAUGCCUGCAAGACUGAAAGGUGAUAUGCUGUUACUACUUGUAGUAAGCAGUCUUAAAAAUGAUUUAAAAAAAAAAAAGCACCUUUGAAAAGCAAGACUGUUGCUGCUUUGUCAGUCAUAACCACCUUUGUGUCCUUACCACAUAACCAUAUCGUAUCAGCCAAAAAGAGUGAGCAAGAGCUGAAGGAUGAAGAAAUGGAAUUGUUCACAAAAUACUACAUGGAAUGGAAAGGAGGAAGAAAAAGUGGCAAUACAUCAUAUACGAACAUACCACGGUUUUACUACAGGCUGCCAGCUGAAGAUGAAGUCUUGCUUCAGAAAUUAAGAGAAGAAUCUAGAGCAGUCUUUCUGCAAAGAAAAAGUAGAGAACUGUUGGAUAAUGAAGAGCUUCAGAAUCUCUGGUUUCUCCUGGACAAACAUCAGACGUCACCAAUGAUUGGAGAAGAAGCAAUGAUCAACUAUGAGAACUUCUUGAAAGUUGGUGAAAAAGCUGGUCCCAAGUGCAAGCAGUUCUUCACAGCUAAGAUCUUUGCUAAAUUACUGCAUAACGAUCCUUAUGGGAGGGUAUCUAUCAUGCAGUUUUUCAACUAUGUCAUGCGAAAAGUAUGGCUUCAUCAGACGAGAAUAGGUCUCAGUUUAUAUGAUGUGGCAGGACAGGGCUACCUCAGAGAAUCAGAUUUAGAAAACUAUAUUUUGGAACUCAUCCCUACUUUGCCACAGCUGGAUGGUUUAGAAAAGUCUUUUUACUCCUUCUAUGUCUGCACAGCAGUUAGAAAAUUCUUCUUCUUUCUAGAUCCUCUCAGAACUGGCAAGAUAAAGAUACAGGAUAUUUUAGCUUGCAGCUUCCUAGAUGACUUGUUGGAGUUAAGGGAUGAAGAACUUUCUAAAGAAAGUCAAGAAACAAACUGGUUUUCUGCUCCUUCUGCGUUAAGAGUUUAUGGCCAGUACUUAAACCUUGAUAAAGAUCACAACGGCAUGCUCAGCAAAGAAGAGCUGUCCCGCUAUGGAACAGGGACUCUGACCAACAUAUUCUUGGAUCGUGUCUUCCAGGAGUGCUUAACUUACGAUGGAGAAAUGGACUAUAAGACCUACCUGGACUUUGUGCUUGCAUUAGAAAACAGAAAGGAGCCUGCAGCUCUGCAAUAUAUUUUCAAACUGCUUGAUAUAGAGAACAAAGGAUACCUGAAUGUCUUUUCCCUUAAUUAUUUCUUUAGGGCUAUUCAGGAACAAAUGAAAAUCCACGGACAAGAACCGGUUUCUUUUCAGGAUGUCAAGGAUGAAAUCUUUGAUAUGGUAAAGCCUAAGGAUCCUUACAAAAUCUCCCUUCAAGACUUAAUCAAUAGCAGUCAAGGAGACACUGUUACCAGCAUUCUAAUUGAUCUGAAUGGGUUCUGGACAUACGAGAACAGAGAGGUCCUUGUGGCAAGUGAUAAUGACAACACUGCUGAUGUCGAUGAUACGUGACUCUGAAUAUGAGUAGGCUGUAACCAUAGAGACAUCUUUAACUAAUGCAUUAACUAACUGUUGGAAGCCAGAAACAUGUUACCUGAAUCAAUGCUUUUUCCAUUUUACUUCCUCCCUCCUUCACUCUCCCUCCAGCACAUAGUGUAAAAUGUGGAAAUGUGGUACAUACAGGGACUUCUGAACUCAAAAUAGCAAGUCUUGUUUAAGAGGUAACAAUGAUCUGUUCUGUGUGUAGUAUUUUUUUUUUUAAUAAAUAUUUUUGGAGUCAUUUAAGUACCAAGAAAUGUUCCUCAUUUGGAUACCCUGUUCUAGAAUGUGAAUUUGUCCUGAGAGUGAGAAUACAUUUCUCAAGUAUACUCAGCACUGGCCUGUAGCUACUUGGCCAAUACCAAGCCUCCCACUUAAUUUUGUGUAGCUUCUGGUAAUGAUGGCUCUGUUGAAGGCUUUUGCCUUUAGAACUGAAUGCUUAAUAAGAGGUAAAUAGUUUUAAGCAUUUUCCUUCUGUAUACGUCCAGCUGUAAAUGCCUGUAACUGAAUAAUUAUCUUUCUUACUUAUCCUUUCUAUCAGCUCAAUAGUUAAGAGGUUCAUUGAUGGAAAUAAAACAGCAUCGCUCUAGGUCUGGUUAGAAUUAAUCUCACCACUUGCAUAAAGGCUUUCACCAACUGAACUUAACCUCCUGUGUAAGUACUUUAUGUAGUUUAACUUAAAUAUACAGCUGAGCUACAGCAGUAGUUAAAGCAAUAAAACACUUUUUUUACUCUUCAGAAAUCUAUAACUGUUUCAACCUUCAGAUAAAAUUACAACAGAUGCAGGUGAGAAAUAGUUAACCAUCAUGCACUAUUUAUUAGUGCCUACCUCAUUUAAGGUAGUGCUGAACAAGUCAGGCAACUUCAUAAGUACUAUGUGAAAUUAUAGGGGAAGUAUAAUAUAUUGAACUUCAGUGCCUGGCUGUGUGACUCAAAGUGAAACAGUGAACAGGCAUGUACUCCUGUGUGCAGGCAUAAACUUUCAACAACCACACCGGUUUAAAGGAAAAGCCAUAGCCAGUUUCCAGUUCAAAAAUUAUAUUCAAUAUAAAAUAACCAGUUAAAUGCAUUUACAGAAAAAUUUAAAGUAACUACUUUCAUACAGUUUGCAAAAACAAAAGGAAGAGUUAAGUUAAGGCACAGUGAGUAAUAGAGCAUUUAUACAAAGAAGUUAAAGCCCAAGGCAGUGAGAGCAUUCCUUAAUGCAACAGCUGGGGGGGGCGGGGGGGGGAAUCGCAACUGACAAUUUUUUGGCAGAAAAGCAAAAGCGCAUCCUUCAGCGGUAGAGGUUUUACCCUUGAACUACUAGAGGCUUUUUACAUUUCACACAGUAUAAGAACUCCCAAAACGAUGUUUUGCUGUGUACUCCCCAGGUGUUGAACCAAGCUUUUCCUUGUAGAUAUUCAGGGCUAAGAAAGGAUUUUUACACAGCUGUCAGCACCCUCUAUAUCACAAUUCGAAAAGAGGCAAAGAACAGAACAGCAAAACAGACUGAAUGGAACAGCUGCCUGAGUCUUCCUCAGAAGAUCCUCUGCAGUGCUAGAGUGUUAAGGGCAGAAGAGUGGGGAGAGAGAUGAUGUACUGCACAGAGGGCUAGUUCACGCAGAAGGUUGGCUGUAAUGAAGCUAAUUAGAGUCCAAUAUCCAGUUGUCCUGGCCUGUGUCAUUAUAACAGGCUCUGGGGUUAGCUGGUGGUGAGACCGAGGCCAUGGAUUUAUAAAUGAUACCCAAUAUGAGAGUUCACUGAAGCUUGAAUUCUUUUUUUUUUUUUAAAGAAGUUUCAAGGAUAGAAGUAAUGAUUCACAUGGUAAUUAGUAUGGUUUUUCUGCUUAUUUAUCUACAAGCAUUCUGCAAACAAAAGUGAUUAGGGCCAAGUUAUCUCCCUGCCUUCAACACUGAAAUUUGAUCACCUUAAACUAAACCAUUUCUCUUUUACAGGCUGCAAGUCAGACAACAGUUACUGCAGUAAAAUCCAUUUAAUCAGUAGUUGGGGCUCCUUAAAAGAUCUGGAAAUAGCUGCAUUCUGCUUCCCCAAAAAAGAAAAAUUAAUAUUGGAAAGAUACUAAGGCAAAAACUUCCAUUAAAAAAAAAA